GAAGAUAACUGCAUCUUUCAUCGGGAUAUCAAAAUGGAAAACAUCCUGAUUGAGACCAGCUCAGAUGUGCCACGCGUUCGGCUCAUUGACUUCGGACUGAGCUGUUCCUUCGAGAAACAAUCAGUUUACCGUGCUUUCGGUGGUACCCUCCAACAUGCCCCUCCGGAGUGGCACUUUUGUCACUCCUAUAGACCCGGCUCCACCACAGUGUGGCAGAUAGGAGUGGCCCUUUUUGAACUGCUUCACAGAAAAGGUCGAUUUGACACCACAAGGUUCCUCAGAUGUGAGCUGACGAUCAGCAAUGAACUGUCCAAAAGUACGUAAAACACGCUGAUAUGCAAACACGAAUCUGCUCAUUUUAAUUCACAUUCUGAUGGACCGCUGUGGCUGUCAGCUCUAACUUUCUCAUCUUUCUUUCCCUCCAGACUGCCAAGAUUUUUUGCAGAAGAGUUUG